ACAGGAACCCGAACGUGAAAUAAACUCGGUAAAAGAGUCUUCACAUGUGACUGCGGAGUAGGUUUUCUUGGCUUUUGGGAUUCCAUAUCCUCUGCUCUUUCGCAUAAGUUUGGUCGCUGUAGAACGAAGAGAGGAGAACGCUAAGCUUUCGAGUCCCCGUCGACAAUGGCCAAAGUGGAGAAAGAGACGGCCGCCACCAUGACUGAGGAGAAAGAGGAACAACAGGAAAAAGAAGUUUCAUCAGAAGCAAGUGUUGAUGAAAAUCAAACAGAUGCACCUGAAGAAGUGAGUGAAGAAAACAACAUUGAAACUGCUGCUGCGGAGGAAAGCAGUGGAGCCCCUGAGCAACAAGAAUCUGAGGAGCAAGAACAAGAAGAAUCUGGGGAGCAAGAGGAUACCGAACAGCCACCAGUCAUCAAGAUUGAAACAGCUCCAGCAGAUUUCCGUUUCCCUACAACAAAUCAAACAAGGCAUUGCUUUACUCGUUAUAUCGAGUAUCACAGGUGCAUAGCAGCAAAAGGGGAAGGUGCCAACGAAUGUGAUAAGUUUGCUAAGUACUAUCGCUCGCUUUGCCCCGGUGAAUGGAUUGACAGAUGGAAUGAGCAAAGAGAAAAUGGAGCAUUUCCGGGACCUCUUUGAGGCAUUUGUCAUGAUGCCAUGGGGUGCAAUAUUUUCCUCUUAGAUUAUUCAGAAACUGAGAGAGGACAAAUUUGUUCAGACAGCGGAUAAUGUGGGACCCUUCUCGUGAAUAAUUUGUUUAAUAAAAAUUUUGGCUGUUGUUGCUGCCUUGUUACUUCUUUGGCCCCAUUGCUAAAUGAUAUAGAGUUUUGGGGAUUGUAUUGCUGCAGUGUUAUGGCAGCUGCUAUUUUCUCUCGUCUGAAGUUGCUAUUUUUAUCAUGGCUUUUUUUCGUUUAUUGGAGCAUGGGCCCAUAAUAAGAUUAACAUUGAUCUUACAUGAGAA